AUGAACACCCACAGCAUGCAGAAUUUCUCCACUCAGGUGGAGAGUGCCUUGUAUUUACUUAUCAACAUGCAUCUGCAUGUCUCCCAGACCUACAUCUCUCUGGGCUUCUACUUUGUAGGUAACCGUGGGGCCCAGGAGGAUGUGGACCACUUCUUCCACGAGUUGGCUGAGAAGAAGUACGACAGUGCCCAUCGUCUCCUGUUGCGAAGCCAGAGUGGAAUGCGAUCCCUCUGCCAGGCUGGGCAGAGAGUGCCCCAAGCUGAGUGGUGUAACAGUCAGCAAGCCAUGGAAACUGCCCUAGUCCUGGAGAAGAACCUGAACCAGACCCUUUUGGAACUGCACGCCCUGGGUUGGGCCAACACAGAUUGCCAUCUCUGCGAUUUUCUGGUGAACCACUUCUUAGAGGAGGAGGUGAAGAUCAUCCAGAAGAUGGAAUAUCACCUGACCAAUUUCCGCUGCCUGACCAGCCCCGAGGCUGUCCUGAGUGAGUCUCUCAGUAAACUCACCCUCAAGAGCAAAUAGAAGCUUCCAGAGCCCAGCCUCGGUAGAAGAGCUUUUUUGUGUUUUCCCGACAUCGGCAUUUCUACUUGAGCCUCUCCUUCGCGGCUUCUCACCACCCAGAAGCACCUA